AUGGCAUCCCUCAAUCCCUUCCUUUUGGCAGCCGUUGUCCCUGAUCCCGAUCCCCGAUUACUGCCCCUCCUCCGCUCGCAGCCAGCCCUAGCCUCCGCGCAAGACGCACAUGGCUAUUCCCUCUUACACGCGGCGGCCUCUUACAAUCACGUCAACCUGCUCAGAUUACUUGUGAAUGAGUUCCACGUGGAUGUCAACUUGACCGACGAAGACGGUGAGACAUGCUUGUUCGUUGCCGAGAGUGUAGAGGUGGCGAGGUGUUUGGUGGAAGAACUGCGCGUGGAUGUGAAUGUUAAGAAUGAUGAGGACACAAUUGCGGCGGAUAAAAUAGAGUCCGAGCAGGACUUUCCCGAGGUCGCUGCAUACCUCAAAGUCCAUGCGGGCGUGUCUACGAGUUCCACCUCUGCUGGCAAUGUGUCAUCAGUCAACGGUGCACAAGAUCCGCCCGCACUACCGCCGAAUGUGACUAUAAAUGUCAAUUCGUCGACGGAGGACACGCCGGAGCUGGCGCAAGAGCCGGACCCCGAGUUCAGAAGGCGCAUAGAGGAGCUUGCAGGGAGAGAGAACUUCCAUACCGACGAGGGUCAGAGAGAAUUGCGGGAUUUGAUCACUGAUGCAGUGAGAGGGGUGGGCAAUGAAGAGCGAGAUGUUCGUCGUCGUCUAGGAUGA